AGCGGGCCGACUUUCUAAAAGCCUAGAAAUUUGGCGAUGUAUCUGGGUCUACAAGCUUCAUUCCUCAUAUGCGCAUUAUGCAUUGGACUUUCAACACAAAUUCUCAGAAACAAUAAGAGCAGCUGAAAGUUUUGGCGCUUUGAAGAUUGUCCUAAAAAUCUUCAGUGUCAUUGCCCUCUCUACCGAGUAUUGCGACCCGGAUCAAUAGAAUUGCCCUAGCAGGUGGCUAAUAUAACCUGGAAACUACCUACCUUCCUUCAUCCUUAACCUACCAGACCGAAUAAAAAGAUAUACAACACUACGAACAUGGCGACAAGGCUUCCGAGCGCCCUUCCCCGGCGUCCUAUGACUGCGUUCCCCUUCUCUCCCCUGAACAACACACACAUAUCGACGCCGUACUUAGCGCCCUCACACACGCCUCUCUCGCGCACGCCGAGCCGUGCCGCGACGCUCAUCCGCCGGCCACGCCGUCCGUACUCGUUCACGCAGCUGGUGCAACUCUCGGACGGCAGUACGUAUACGAUGCGGACGUCAUCCCCACUUGGCAUGUACAAGAGCACCAAGGACACGCGGAACCACGCGCUCUGGAACCCUAAUGAUAAGAGUUUGCAGAACGUCGAGGUCGACGAGGCCGGAAAGCUGGCCGCCUUCCGUGCGCGCUUUGGGCGAAGUUGGGAUGCUGGCACGGAGACUGUGGAGGAAGACCAGGCGAAGGGAAGUGGUGGUGCUGCUGCUGCUAGUGCUAAAAAGGAUGUCGGAAGCGAGGAUGCUCUGGCAGAUCUGAUCGCAGGCUACGCGGCUGGGGUGCCUGAUUCCUCUCCAAAGAAGAAAUGAGGCGGCGACAACGGUGCGGUGUUGAGCCACUGGGUUAGAGCAGAACCAGAUGACUACGACGAUCAUGGAAGUUGAAAGUUCGACCACAGUAUAACCGGUCCCGUAACUCGUGGUUCACUAUCACUUCACGAUGUAACCUGUCCGGCAUAUGAUGACAUUGAGACUAAAGUUUCUUGUCUGUUCAUUAGGCGCAUUGAGGAUUUUGUGUGACUAUAUGUACAACCC